GCGGGAUACUAUCAGCCAAUCACAGCACGAGGGGCGGGGCUUGUCUGAAUACUGGUAGGGGGAAAAAAUGAAGUCUCGUCUGGUUAAAACGCACACAUGAGCUCAGCUGCUUGAUUUGCCUCAGUCAGGGCUGUUUGAGUGGUUAACAGGUUGUUCAGUGAAACAGCGCUACCGCUUUAAACGAGGAGCUCUCUCUCUCUCUCUCUCUCUCUCUCUCUCUCUGUCUCUGUCAGUCAGUCUGGCACGCCGUGUGUCAGUCCGUCGGUCAUGAACUUUUCCGUGCGAAACGCUGGUUGUCCUCUAAGCUAUGGAGCUGACAGGUUUUGCCGGCUCUCUCGGCUCAGUUAGCUGAUGCAGUCUGGCGGUUCAGCGCAACUUUGGGCGAGUCGAGAACCUGCGUGGAUGAUCUGCAGAAAUCAGGAACUGAACCUCACCACAUCGGUGAGUUGUGGCCACUGGACGUCUUCAAAGUCACCGCCUCAAACUUCUGAAGUAGAGUAGCCUGUGUUGUUACACGGUGUAUUCAAACUACGGCAGUGCGGUUGUGGGUGAAGCAUGGGUGCGUAAAGCGGGAUUGUUUUUUAGGAGUGAGUGAAAUCUUCAGCAGAUCAGCGGAGAGUGCGUGGUUCUCCUGGAGCUCCGGCUGCUCCUCUUUAGCAUGGGGAACCACGGAGACAAGCCCGCUCCUCUGACUUACGCCGAAGUCCCCACGGCUGAUCCGGAUCCAGGAGAGGACACCCCGAGGAUUGGCGUGUCAUAUGUUUUCGCCACGGAUGACGACGACGACGACGAGGAGGACCAGGACCAGGACCGCGACGAGCAGGGAGAGGAGAAGAGGGACUGGCCAGAAGGAGAGCGCAGGAGGCGGGAGGAUGAGCUGCCCUGCGCCGUGUACCACAGGGACGAGUGUGUGUAUGAAAAGAAGAGUCCAGCUGAGACUUUGGCUCCAGAGCAGUUGCUCCAGACCUGCAGGCCAGGGGAUCUGGUGGAGUUUGUGGCUGCUGGGCAGUAUCCACAUUGGACUGUGUAUGUUGGAGGGUCCCAGGUGGUCCACCUCCACCGGGCUGAAGUAAAGAGCAGUUUCCUGGGCCAAGCCAGCCAGGGCAGAAGAGGCAGGGUGGUCAACGAGGUCUACAGGUAUAGACCUCUCAGCCCAGAUGUGGUGGUACAGAAAGCCUUGGAGCAGGUAGGCAUCACGGGCAGAGAUCUAAGCUGGAGGAACUCGGAGUGUUUCGCUGCCUGGUGCAAGUUUGGUAGGAGGGAGUUCAAGAUGGGUGGGGAACUGAGGAUAGGCAAGCAGCCGUACAGGUUGAAGCUGCUCUUGCCGGGCAAGCAGUGCCAUGUGCUGGAGUUUCAGAGUUUGGAGGACUUGAUUAUGGAGAGGAGAAGGAACGAUCAGAUUGGCAAAGUGGCUGUGAUCCAGGAGCUGGCCAGUCAUUUAAACCAUGAAGGAGGAGGCAGGGGUGAAGCGAAGGGUCAUUGACCUGAGCCCUGAAACGUGGACCUUUUAGGCAGAGUGCUUCACUUGCCUGAGGCGAAUCUGGCCAUUUCGAGACAGAUGGAGAGAUGAGGAUAGUUAAGCGACUGUCCAAAUUGAAGCCGCUCUUGCCGGGAAAGAAGUGCCAUGUGCUGGAGUUUCACAGUUGGAAGGACUUGAACCAUAACGGAGUAAGCUGGGGUGAACCAUAAAGGUCACUGCCCUGAAUUUUGGACCUCUUUGCUGCUUUGAAAUUUUGGAUCACCUCCUAUGUUCCACUUUCAGAAUUUCUGCUAUUUUCAGAAUAUGUGUUUCACCCAAUCAAGUUUGGUUUGAUCUGAUGAAGGUAAAAGUGUUAGUUUCAAGCAGGUCUAUGGUUCUGUACUCUACAGUGUGUUUAUUUCAUUGCUGUUGAGCCUCAUAAUGAUUCUCAAAAAGUAGUCAGGAUGUGGUUUAGCCUUACUAUGCCUUUCAAAAACAAAUGGUAGUUAAAUGGUAUGUUAAAUUGUUCCAGAAAACAGCUUGGUAAAUUCUCAUUGUAACUUAACGUACUUGCAAAUAAUCUUGUUUUAAAGCAUGGCCACACAACAUGAACUUUGCUAAUGAAACAAUUUGUCUGUUUUGUGGACUUGAAAAUGCAAAUGUAGCAUGAGGCCUUGGGGUCUUAAUAUGCAGCAUUUCGUUUUUAGGUCAAAAAGGUCUUUUGUGACAGUCUCUCAAAUGCUGGGUCAAACAGUUUAUUUAUAAUGUGACCUUAUUUUUCUAAUGUGUGUGUGUGUCCCACUGUGUUAGAACAUUUUUCAAAUUCUAAAUACAGCUGCUUCACAGAAACACAUUAUUUAGUAGGUCUAAAGUGUUCUAACCAUGAUGUUCAGGCAGAGUGAGUAACAUGCAGUAGCCUAAUGUGCAGAAGUCAGAGACCACCCUUCAUUUGAUUAAUUUCCUUAAUUGCCAUUAUGUUAUUCAUUUUUCAUCAUCAGGAAAAAUAAAAACAUGCAGAAGAACAUGUUUAUCAGAACAUUACAUAGAAGCCUCGGAAACUAAAUAAAAACAG